CGUUGCUUUCGAAACAAUAACAAACCCGCAAAUACGUACCGCUACUGUUCAUGGCGAUGGAAAUUCCACCGGCCGAAGAUAUCGUACUCGAAGAAGAUGCCGUUUUGCGAGAAAAAAUAUACCACGAGGCAGCGGCACAGUUUGAGAAAAAGUUCCAGUUUCAGCCACUGCCAGCUAACACUCCACUUCCCCCGCUAGACACACUGUACAGUGGACCGCCGUACACGGUGCCUGCCCUAGAGGAACAGAAACGUCGUCUGAACGAGGUUAAAAAUCGGCUGAACGAUUUUGAAAUUAGCGACUGGCACCAGCACACCCGAAAGCGAUCGUCACUACUGCCGAUACUGAACGAACUGCGGUACCGCAUCAGGGCCGAGUUUGUAACGCAAGCGUUUGCCAAGCUGUACGAGUGUGUGUCCGCCUACGAGCUGAUCGACGGACAGCAGCAGGAGCUGUACAGUGUGCACCUGUGCGAAGCGCCCGGGGCCUUCGUUACCGGGCUGAAUCACUACAUCCGGCUGCACUGUGCACCGCGCACCAAAUGGGCCUGGUUCGCCUGUACGCUCAACCCGCACUACGAGGGCAACUGUCCGGGCAACAUGAUACCGGACGAUCGGUUCAUCCUGCACACGCUCGGCUCGUGGUGUUUCGGAGCGGACGGUACGGGCGACAUUAUGGUGCGGGAAAAUCGCGACGCCAUCAUCAAACGAAGUCAACGCUUCCCAACGGUACAUCUCGUCACAGCGGACGGAUCGAUCGAUUGCUUAAACGUACCGGAAGAGCAGGAAGAGCGGGUCGCCAAACUGCACCUGGCCGAAACCGUCCUUGCUCUCAGUGUGCUUAGCCCCGGGCAACACUUUGUGCUGAAAAUGUUUACCCUGUUCGAGCAUUCGAGCGUGAGCUUGCUGUUCCUGCUAAAUCACUGCUUCGACGAGCUGCACGUGUUUAAACCCUGCACCUCGAAGCCGGGCAACUCGGAGGUGUACAUCGUGGCGAAGCACUACCGCCAGCCGAACGGUAUCGAGCAGUAUCUCGACCAAAUCUACACCAACCUGCAGGACGAUACGAAGGCAAUUUUCAACCGAACCACCAUACCGGACACGUUCCUAGAGCAGCUGCGUACCUGCACCACCCAGUUCGUCCAAUGGCAGACGGACGUUAUCGAAAGCAAUAUCCGGUUCUAUCGUACGAGCGAUCCGCUCGAGGACCAACGACUCGCCCUAUUUAAGCAAACCAUUUUGGAGAUAUUUUUCACCCAGUAUCACAUCACCCCAAUACGCAACAACCACCGGAUCGUGCACCGGGCCAAGGUGUCCGAAGGGCUCAACAUCAACCAGAAAGAAUCGCGCGGUACGUUCAACGAACGUACGCAACUUGCUGCUGCCGCUGAUGCAAGCGUGACCGAAACGCUACGUUCACUUUGCGACCGGUUAGAUCAUCUCACCCUUACGCGGCAGCUGUUUCAUCCGCAAGCCACCCUAAACGAUCCACUCCAGGAAGGGGACCCAGACAAUGGGUUCGCCCCCGUGCAGCACCGGCUGUUCUUCGCCAUCGGGAAACCGAUCGAACGGGUGAAAAGUUCCAAAUUUGCCCUCAUCACCUGUAUCCGGCUGCUGAACGAUACGGUCGAUCUGGUGCGAAGGGUAGUAAAGGAGCAGGAAAUUCCUUUCCCCCAGAGCGAACCCAUCACGGUGACCGGUAAUACUGUCACGAUUAGUAUCGCAUCGUACCCUUCGAUUGCAGACACCAUUGCCCAGCACGAAAAGCAACUCUUUCGCACGAUCGUGCACACCGUGCUCGAGCUCAUAGGGCAAAACUACGUCGACAACCUGCCAGUGGCAGCGUACGAUCCCAUCGAGCUUGUGGUGCAAAACUGGCUCCCCCUAACGCAGGUUAGCGUGGGUUUGCUGUAUCUCUUAAAGCAGUGCGUGUUUGAGGAAGUGGAACAAUCGUCCCCUACCCGGCUCGUCUUUCGAAGGCUGCGAAAAAGUGCCCUCACCAGUCUGGUCGGCAUGCACGAUGCGGUGCUGAAAGCCUACACGAGAGCUUCCAGUUUGCCCGGGCCGGCGAAAUCUGUACUGGCGAUCGUUCCAAUCAAGGCGCUACUGUGUGGCAGUUUCCAGUACGCCCUGCUUAACUACAACAAUGCACUCUGUCUGUUUUACUGUGCACGAUUGUUGGAGGAGCUUCAGCGUCAUCUUAACGUAGACUAGGCCAAUAGGUAGCAAUUUUUUUUAGAAAACUUUUAAACAAAACUAUUUAUUUUUCUUCAAGGUGAAAGCAAACAAUUGAAUUAAUUAUCCAUACAUCCGGAGUCAUAUUAAUGAGCCACGCAAGGAAGUCAGAAACUCGGUUGCAUUUAAGGAAAUCAAAUUAUAAGUAUAAUUAUUUUUUAACAGUUUAAAGUUAUUAUGCAACAAAUGUUUAGUCAAAAUGGCACACAAUUGGUCCAAAAAAUAUUAAAAAGGUGUAUCGCAAACUGUGAUUGCUUCUCGAUCAUGGAUAAGAUAUUGUUAUCUAUGUUUCAUGUACUGACGUUAUUUUAUGAUUACCAAUAGUGUAGGUUGUCUCGCGUACUGCAAUUUUUCAUCCAAUUCAUAAUUACUUAAAAUAAACUUUUACCCACAAACCCGUCUACUA